AUGACAAAACGCGAAGCAAAGUCAACGAAGGCAUCCGCUCCAGCUCCACCCGAGCAGAAGAAAAGGACAGGCUUCCUCGAUCUUCCAGCUGAGCUUCGCCUUCAGAUCUAUGGCUACCUUCUGCCCGACAUCCCGUCAGCGACGUGGAGGAAAAGUGCCCUGCGUACUGAUGGCACAGCCUCUUCAACAAACUUCAUGGCCACUUGCAAACAAGUCCAUGGAGAAGCAGCUGAGCUGCUGUAUCCUGGUCAUGCUCGUGUCACGAUCCGAGUGCCUGGGUCUCGAUCGACAGUCGCUUUCGUGGAGCUCUUCAACAAGAAGGUCGAGAUAGGAGAAGCCAUGGAAGCGAAUGUAUUUCAGGCCCUCCGCCAAGCCAGAAGCCUGUCGGUGACCGUCCGUACGGCCUCUAAUCCGCACGCUGUUUGCGUCGCCCAAGAUCUACUGUUUGAGGUUCUGCGCCCUGUUUCUGGUACACUGAAUCAGCGCCUGCAAAGCUUGGGACUUGAUGCAAUCAUUCACAGGUCUUCCGGAUCCGAUUUCGCCCUCAGGGUUGAUGACGAAUGGAUUGAUGAUUACGUCCGUCGUGGCUCGAUGCACGAGUUCAACGGGAUCAAAGCAGGAGAUCUCACACGUGCGCAUUCUGCUGCUUUCCUGACAGACCCAUUCCGUAACGCUCGGAACCUGAAAAGUGGUGGUAAGAAAGGUUAUUACUGGAUGAUGUUUCCAGGUCAGACUGGAGGUGCCUGGCGCGAAGUGUCUCGCAGAGUUCGCACUGCUGUCCAGUGCGAAGACCUCACGGACCUUGUUGACUUUGAGCUUUUCUCCCGAUACUUCGCCACAUGUCGAGCACUCCUGUGCAGCGUCCAGCCCCUGCUCACUACGACAGCAGACAAAACGAGUCUUGAGAAACAGCAUGAUCUACUGUCAUCUGCACGGAUCAUGGGUGAUGUCGGGAAAUUCUAUGCGCACCACAGCACGCUUGUCACUUUUCUGAAUGACGUAGUCAGCAAGGUCAAUCUCUCGAAUACUGAGACGGAGAUACAAGCGCGUGAGGUCACACAUUUGAUCGUCGAGCUGGAGGCUAGACUGCCUGAUGCUGAUGUUGACACUUCCGAAUUCGGGUACAACAAGGGAAAUGCCGAUCUCGCGGCAUGGCAAGCAGGCUCUGGUGAAAGGAGGAAGGCGAAGGCAGAGAGGAAGAAGCGUAAGCGCGAGAAGGCCGACGAAGGAGAUCAGCGCGGUGGCAAAAAGGGGCGUCGUGCCGGCGGAGGCUGGAACGAAGUUUGA